AUGUGCGCCCUUGCAUCACGGAUAGCUGGCACAUUUGCGCAAAGCACGACGUUGAAGUUUGAAGCGGAGAAUGGCGUCCUUUCGGGCACCACCGUUGACUCGGUCCAGUCAGGAUACUCCGGCUCGGGAUACGUGACUGGUUUCGACACGGCCGGCGAUAAGAUUACCUUCAACGUAGCGAUUGAUGCGACAGCUUUGUACGACAUCGGUAUCCACUACGCGGGAAUUUAUGGCGAAAAGAAGACUACUUUGGUUCUAAAUUCUGGCUCUUCGAACGAAAUCUCGUUGCCGGCGACCAGUACCUGGGCGACCGCGUCUGGCGGCCAGUUGCUGCUGACAGCUGGUGACAACGUGCUCGAAAUUAUCUCGAAUUGGGGUUGGUAUCUCGUUGACUACAUCACACUCACCCCAGCAGAGGGCCGACCGCCCCACCAGAUCACCACGGAGCUCGUUAACGACGAGUCAGGCCCGACUGCCUACAAGCUCUACAAUUACCUUAUUUCCCUGUAUGGAAAGAAGAUAUUGUCUGGGCAGCAAGACCUCAAGUGGGCGAACUGGAUAAACGACACUAUUGGCAAGACCCCUGCCCUUCUUUCAGUUGAUUUGAUGGACUACAGCCCGUCCCGCGUAGAGCGUCAAGGGGAUAUCUCAACUGCCGUUGAGGACGCCAUCGCCCAUCACGAGAAGGGGGGUAUUGUCUCCGUUUUGUGGCAUUGGAACGCGCCCAUUGGUCUGUACGACACGAGCGAGAAUCCUUGGUGGUCUGGCUUUUACACGCGGGCAACCGACUUCGAUGUUGCCGAAGCCCUCGCAAACCCGAGCAGUGCAAACUACACACUUCUCCUUCGGGACAUUGAUGCUAUCGCCAUUCAGCUGAAACGUCUCGAGGCCGCUGGUGUGUCGGUUCUCUUUCGGCCUCUGCACGAAGCAGAAGGUGGCUGGUUUUGGUGGGGAGCCGAAGGGCCCGACGCCGCAAAGGCGCUCUGGGGUCUCGUAUUCGACCGACUUGGCGAGUAUCAUGGCCUGAGCAACCUGAUCUGGGUGUGGAACUCAAUCGCUGAGGACUGGUAUCCGGGUGACGACUUGGUUGACAUUGUGAGCGCAGAUGUGUACGCUCAGGGACAUGGCGUGAUGUCAACCCAGUACCAACAGCUCCUGAAACUCGGCAACGACACAAAGCUCAUCGCAGCUGCCGAGGUAGGAUCCGCUCCGAUGCCAGACAUGCUGCAAGCAUAUGGCGCCGACUGGUUGUGGUUUUGUGUCUGGGGCGAUUCCUACAUCAACAACGAUGAUUGGAACUCAAUUGAAGUGCUUAAAGAGAUAUACAACAGUGAAUACGUCCUCACGCUCGAUGAAAUUCAAGGAUGGGCUACGUCAUGA